CAGUCAGUUUGUUUUGUUUUUAUUUUGUAUAAAUAUCUACAUUUAAAGGUUUUAUCACAAACAUAUUUUUAAAUUUUUGUGUAGAUGGAUAAUUUCGCUUUGAGGAAAAAGAGGUUUAUUUUCUGCAUACACAUUUUAACAUCACUUUCAAAUGCAACAACAACAGCUAUAUCAACAACUUUAAAUGAAAAAUCAACAACACAUCUGGAACCCUUGAUUGUAACCGGCACCGUCGACAAAAAUGCCAUCAACCAAAACAAUCGACAAUCUCAACUCCUUGUUGAUGAUACAUCGGUGGAUGAAAGUAUCAAAAUUGAAAAUCGACAACUUUAUGAUACCGUUAAACAUGCAUCCGGUUAUGAUCCAGAUAUGAACAAUAACUCUCGCUAUGCAAUUAAAGAACUCGAAGGAAAAUCGAAUAACUCAUCAGCCCUAACAACAACAACUACAACGGCAACGGUCAGAAUUCUUCCUAGAAAAUCAGCCGUCAUUCAAGCUAUUCCAAGAAAAGUUCGAGGUCCAGGAGGGAGUACACUGUUACCUACAACACCAAGUAUGCUGCCAUUCACUAAAUCCCAAUCAAGUGCCUUAACAUCAACCGCCAAAGAUUAUGGAGCUGGAGAGCCUACUACAACUAUUGUGUACGCCACCUCCAUUCCGACGUCAAUGCCAUCGAGGACAUUUGUUAACAUCCGACCGGUGCCACUAUUAUCAACUCAAAAAUAUCGUUCCACCGUUGUCAUAGACAAUAACGAGAGAGAAAACCAUCACAAGGAUGUUGAAAAUCCUAAGCCUGUUGUAGAACAUCACCCUUAUCAAAAUGACGAACAGUCAAAUGAAGACGAUGACAAUACUGAUGACAAUCAAGAGCGUAAACUACUAGUUUUUAAAAAGCCUACAACAGCCUACAGGGUUGAUUCGAAUUCUAUGCAAUCAACAACGACUCCCACCACUAAUGACCAAAAUCCCUCUUCCUAUCAAAUUGAUCAGCAGCAGAAAAAAAAUCCUUACAAAAGUCUUCCAUAUUCCCGAAUUCGCACAAACGAGGAGUUAAACGACGGAGUACCUUCUAAUAAUCGACAAGACUUUUAUUCAAAUCACAAAUGGGGGCCUAGUGGGGAUUACAUGCAGAGAGGAUCCCAGCUCCCACCAUCAUUACCACUUAACCCUCCAUCUACACACUUUGUUUAUGAAAAUCCAGAUUCACGCCGAGACUACUUUCAUAGACCUCCUCCUCACCAACCUCAAACGCAAAAUUUCCCAUCCCCACGAUACAUUGCAAUGGAAGGCUACCACCACAACGAAAUGUAUAAUACAGACUAUUCUCCUAUGACACAACAAGAACCAAUGCAUGGCUUGCUAUCACAACAGCAACAGCAAUAUCAGCAACAACAACAGCAAUAUCAGCCUCUCACUGUUAGAGACUUUGAUCUACUGCUGCAGCUUUUAGUUUUACGGGAGCGACGUUUACACGCUUGCCAAGAUCCAUAUUUAUCUCCCAACGAUUUCAAUUGUGCAAAUAUUCAACAAGACAAUAGUUUCAUUUAUAAUUCCCCGAAACCGUCGCCUCCACCGCCGCAAUCUCUCCAUGAAUAUCCGUAUAUUAAAAACCGAGAAUCCUUCAAACAUAUUGAGAACUUUUUGCCAAGGACCCAACAACAACCAGCGACAUCUAAGUUGUUGCCCUCCAACAUACGAGAAGAGCUUCUAUUUCGAAUGUUGUUACUAGCUUUGCAUCUGCAACCACAGCCUAAUUCUCAAUCUCAGUUUCAACCAAAACCAUCAACACAUCAUCAACAUCAUCAAAAUAUUUAUCUAGGCCCUCCCAUGUCAUUAGUUGUUGGAGAUUCUACUUCAUCGUCCGGAGCCGGGCCAUCUCCAUAUCUAGGAUUCCGACAAGCAUACCGCAGUACAACUUCUAAGAAUCCCAUUAGAAGUGUGCAGGUUUUAGGAGAAAUCGAUUGAUUUUAUGUAAUUUUCUAACAUUUUUUAUUGUAAAAGUAAAAUUAAUUUGAAUAAAUGAGAGAAACAAUUUACCUAAUUUUGA